ACCAUGGCUUCUGGAGUUACAGUGAAUGAUGAAGUCAUCAAAGUUUUUAAUGAUAUGAAAGUAAGGAAAUCUUCUACACAAGAGGAGAUCAAAAAAAGAAAGAAAGCAGUUCUCUUCUGUUUAAGUGAUGACAAAAGACAAAUAAUUGUAGAGGAAGCAAAGCAGAUCUUGGUGGGUGACAUUGGUGAUACUGUAGAGGACCCCUACACAUCUUUUGUGAAGUUGCUACCUCUGAAUGAUUGCCGAUAUGCUUUGUAUGAUGCCACAUACGAAACAAAAGAGUCUAAGAAAGAAGACCUAGUAUUUAUAUUCUGGGCUCCUGAAAGUGCACCUUUAAAAAGCAAGAUGAUUUAUGCUAGCUCUAAAGAUGCCAUUAAAAAGAAAUUUACAGGUAUUAAACAUGAGUGGCAAGUAAAUGGCUUGGAUGAUAUUAAGGACCGCUCAACACUUGGAGAGAAAUUGGGAGGCAAUGUAGUAGUUUCACUGGAAGGAAAACCUUUGUAAAAUGACAGGUGCCAUCUGGAUGUUAAGGAGCUUACAUUUCUCCAGCUCAGUCAAUUGGAUUAGUAUUAGUUUUGUUUAUUUUUUUUCUCUCCCUUCCAACACAAUGAAUGAAGGAGAUACCAUUUAUUUAAGCAACCUAUCAGUGAUGGCCAUUAGAUUGUUUAAUA